AUGGGGGGGUGGACAGCACUACUAACUCAACGGGACGGCGAAAGUACCAGACCACCGCCUCCACUGGGUCGGGGCCCUGCCGCCAGCAAGCUCCGUGGUUGUGAACCUCGCAGGGCCCGGAGGGGAGCGCGCAGCGACGGGAGGCCACUGCGCGGUCCCUCCGCCGCCGGCCGCCCUCCCAUGCCUGGCAGCUACAGGCCCUGCCCGGGGCGGCCCGAGGGCGGGCGGGGACGGGGACGGGGGCGGGGCGGGCGCGGCGCCCGGGUGGCGGGGCGGGAGGACGCGGGAACCGGGUGCGACGCGCACCUGCCGCAGCCCACGGUCAACGCGGGGGCGAAGGUCGCGCCGCUCUCCAGCCUGCACCGCGGACCAAGGGCCGCUGCCCCUGGGAGCCCGGGAGUUGUGGGUGCACUAGGUGCGCGGUGCGCACGGUGGCCUGAGCUGUCCCCGCCCCGGAGGCAGCGUCGGCUGUCCAUCAGGGCCGGGACCGACGCGACCCACGCGUCGCGCCCUGCCCCCUCCCCCCGCAGGCUCCUGCAAGGAGACACCCCGGGGCGCUGGCACGCGAGGAGGCGCCGCGGGCUCAGGCAGGGAGGCGACGCCGGGCGCGGCGGAACUGGGGAGCCUUCGCCACUGCCGGGUCUGCAGAGCCCGACUCACCGAGCCAGCCGAGCCGCUCGCUCGGGUCCUCGGAAAGAUGAGAAGAGCUGCGCUUCGCUCCUCUCGGGAGAAAAGCACAUUGAACACAGCCUGUUCUCUGCACACCGAAACUCCCGGUUGAGAUCUCAGCGCUCCCACGCUCUCCCGGAACCCUUUUCCACUCUUUGUAUCAGUGUGGACUCCACGUUUCUUCCCUCCCCCAGCUUUGGGGAAGAAAAAGUCUCUGAUUUUAGGCUUCGAGGACUGACUGCGGUUUGGAAAAGCGGGAUUCUCCCAGAGCCAACUGGCCCUUCUCCGGAGCCCGACCUUCCGCAGGGGCCUUGCCAGGUGCCCUGCCAGUGAUCCCACGGUCCCGGUGUCCUCACGGUGAGAAACUGAAAGGAACAGAAAACAAGCCAUCUGCCUCCCAGUUAACCCACAAGG